AUGCGAAAGUAUCGCAUCACUUUCGGAUCACAAUUCGAUAACGUGACGGCCCUCAGCAAGCCGAGGGAUCUCUGGAGAAACGGAAUCGUCGUCAGAGUUCCUCUUCUGACGGGCGCAGUGGAGGAAGAGGGGCGUGGGCUGGUCAAUGACAAAGUCAACAUGACGGCCUUGUUCAAUGCAUAUCUUCCGCCGGCUCUGAUAUCAUCCGAAGACCUGUAG